CAAUCAACGUGCAGUAUAUCUGAGUCCUGGCUCCAUUUCUGAAGUACGUGGUGCGAAGUGUGUGUCCUCGGCCGCAGCUUACAGGUCCCAAUCCGGUUACGUCAUCGGCAAUUGCCCUCCCACUACGCCGACUCAUCCCACCACGACUACAUCACGACUUUGCGCGACCAGACCCCUCAUCAACAGCCGCUCACCACACAACCCAAUCCAAAGGCACCGUCAAACCUAAAUCAAGAAGCAUGGCCAGCAAGAGCAAAGCCCGCGUGACCGCUUUCACGGACCUCCCCUCCGCGGACGCCAAAUGGGUCAAGCUGCAGAAAGUCGACUACAUCGACGCGCACGGCGUCUCACGCGUGUGGGAAGUCGCUUCGCGCAAGACCCGCGGCAGCGCGGGCGUCGACGCCGUGGCGAUGGGCAACAUCAUCUUCCACCCCACGAAACCGGCCUCCACGAUCGUGGUCCUGCAGUUCCGACCGCCCGUGGAAGCAACCACCGUGGAGUGGCCCGCCGGCCUGAUCGACGCAAGCGAGACGCCCGAGGAAGCGGCGGUGCGCGAGCUGUAUGAGGAGACGGGGUACCGCGGCAAGGUGGUCAGUACGAGUCCGGCGGUGGCGGCCGAUCCGGGGAUGACGAAUGCGAAUAUGUGUUUGUGCAUGAUGGAGGUUCACUUGAAGGAGGGCGAGCCGGAGCCAGAGCAGCAUUUGGAUGAGGGGGAGGAUAUUCUAAGGGUUAAUGUGCCGCUGGCGGAGUUGUAUGAGAGGCUGGAGGGGUGGGCGAAGGAGGGGUAUGUUAUCGCUGCAAAGCUUUAUCAUUGGGCUGCGGGUGUGCAGUAUGCGAUUGAUCAUCCUGAGCUGUUCAAGAAGAUUGAUCAGCCUGGUGCUCGAGCUUGACUUAGAAGUCCCUUGUGAGUAACGAUCAUAAAGAAUAACAGGACAGUGCAGACAUAUCAAGCUGCAAUUCUACAUAUAUCCUGUCAUCCGCAAGAUCAUUCACGGCAACACAAAGCAGGCAAAAAACAUGUGCAAAGUAAAGGUGCGAAGUUAUCGUUAUAUUCAGUCCGUAGACCUCUAGACAUUAGGCGCAGGAUUAACCUAAGCUCUCCCAUGUACAAAUUCGCGAGCUCUUGUUGAAAACAAUGGUAGUGAGUGAACCAGU